UGAAAGCUCAUGGUUUUGAAGAGAGAGAAUCUUUCAUAAUGUUUUUGCGGAAGCUCCUCCCUGAUUCCUGCCGAUACACUUCAUGACAAUAUAUAGCCUAUUGACGCUCCAAAUAUGGAGUGACCUUGGGGAAUUUUUUAAAGAGUUAGUACACGUGAAAUUCGCCUGCCAAGCAUUAGUUUGCUACCCAACCAAGGAGAGCUCGACGAUGGAAAACGUGCAAAAACUCAACAAACAGGAGUUCAGUCUGGUGCAGGUGAAAGGGACCUGGAAGCGCAAAGCGGGGCAAAAAGUGAAGCAAGGAUUAAAGGGGCGAGUUUCAGCUGCUAAACUUUAUGAAAGCACCUCCUCUAAUGGCACCACCUGGACAGUGGUCAGCCCCAUCACCUUCACAUACACUGUUACUCAGACCAAAAGCCUUCUUGACUCCAGCAAUGACAUACUGCUUUUGGGCCACAUCAGAGACACUCAACAGCUUGAAGCCAUACAGUCCAGCAGCAAGCCCCUUAAACGCUUCAUAGUCAUGGAUGAGGUUGUAUACAAACUUUAUGGUUCCCAGGUCACUAAAUACCUCGAGGCACGAAACGUCCUGUACCGAAUCCUGCCCCUGCCCACUACGGAGGAGAACAAGUGCAUGGAAAUGGCACUGAAGAUCCUGGAAGAAGUCCAUAGGUUUGGGAUCGACAGACGCACAGAACCCAUCAUUGCCAUCGGAGGUGGGGUGUGCCUUGACAUUGUAGGUCUCGCAGCCUCCCUCUACAGAAGGCGCACACCCUACAUCCGUGUUCCCACGACCCUUCUGUCCUACAUUGAUGCCAGCGUCGGGGCAAAGACAGGUGUGAACUUUGCAAACUGCAAGAAUAAGCUUGGCACCUACAUUGCACCUGUUGCUGCUUUCUUAGAUAGGUCCUUUAUACAAACCAAUUCUAGGAGGCACAUAUCCAAUGGGCUUGCAGAAAUGCUUAAGAUGGCUCUCAUGAAGCACAGGGGGCUGUUUGAACUUCUAGAAACUCAGGGCCAGUUCCUCUUAGACUCCAAGUUCCAGUCCUCUACAGUGCUAGAAGAAGACCAUAUUGACCCGGCUUCUGUAUCUACACGUUUUGCUAUAGAAUCCAUGUUAGAAGAAUUAGCCCCAAACCUAUGGGAGGAUGAUCUUGACAGACUGGUUGACUUUGGGCACCUGAUCAGCCCUGAAUUGGAGAUGAAAGUUCUACCUGCUCUUCUUCAUGGUGAAGCAGUGAACAUUGAUAUGGCCUACAUGCUCUAUGUGGCCCGUGAAAUAGGGCUACUCACAGAGGAGGAGAAGUUCAGGAUUAUCUGUUGUAUGCUAGGGCUGGAGCUGCCAGUGUGGCACCAAGAUUGCUCCUUCGCUCUGGUGCAGAAAUCUUUAAGUGACCGACUUCAACAUUCUGGAGGGCUUGUUCGAAUGCCCUUACCCACAGGCCUGGGAAGAGCAGAAAUCUUCAACGACAUCAAUGACAGCACUCUGUUCAGGGCAUAUGAGAAGUGGUGUGAUGAGCUCAGAACUGGGUCACCUCGACGAAAUCUUGUGCUACCAAUGACCUGUUUAUAUGAUUAACCACUGUGUACAUGGGGGGCAAUGUAUGCUAGUGUAUCAUAUCUUUUUCCAUUUAUACAUUAUGGGCAUGCAUAAAGUUUUAUGCAGUUAAGACAAUUGUUUUUCAUAACUGUAAAUGCCAUUUUGUAAAUGGAUGUGAAUAGAAGAAGGUUGACAUGAAAUGUGAAGAUCUUUCUUUAUGGUUUCUUUCCCACCAUUUCAUAUUCAAUAAA